UGUCACCCCCUUGGACUGACCUUUAUAAGACGAACAUCAGCACUGAAAACACCAUUUCGUGCAUUUACAACCAUCUCACAAGCAAGAACAAUCCACACAGGAAAUGGACAGCAAACUGGUUUAUGCCGUUGCCUUGGUGAUAGGAUGUUGGGUGCUGGCAGCCAAAGGCCUCAAGAUCAACUCCACCCACACUGUGGGAGCUCUUACCACCACCAUCAGUCGUGACGGCUGUGGCCAGACAAAGACUUGCUUGGAGACUCCAGUGAACUGUGACCCCAGCAGCAACAGUACCUGCCUGUUCGUCGCUCCCUCCGUUCCCAUCUCCAGGGAUGAUGACGGAUGGAGCUUCGCUUCCCUUAUUCCCAAAUUCAGGAAAGAGCACAAGGCCGGAUGGAGCUUCAACACCGAUAUCGAAUUUGAGCUGCGCGGAGACUCCGAAAACUACAUUGUCCUUCUUCUGUCCUCCGAUAAUAAUCUGGGAAUGGGCGAUAGCGGCGUCGUCUGCGCACAGUACCAGAACAUGAGCCGUUUCUUCACCGUGACCUACAACAACGGAUCACUGACUGUGGUGGAUUUUGAAGGAGUCAAUAAUGUCCUGGCCUCACUCAAUAGAAAUGUGAUUCAAUGCACCUUUACUCUUCUGGCGAAUUCCACAGGCAGGCCAGCAAACUUCUACGUCUUCGCUGGCAAUGGGAUGUUCAGCAAUGGAGUCCUGGGGGAUCCUGAAAUUACCCUUAUGAGAAACAGCAGUGUGGACCUGACCAAUGUGCCAUCUCAGAACAUCCCUGUGGGAGCUCUCAAUGCCGCCAUAACUCGUGACACAUGUGGCCGGACGAAGCUUUGCGAGGAGGUUCCAGCGGACUGUGAUCCCAGCGGAAAUGGUGACUGCCUGUUUGUCUCCGCUGCCACUGCCACCACCAACAGACCCUCCGGUAUCAAUAUCGCCUUCGAGCUGCGCGGAAACACCAGCGGCUACGUUGUCCUCAUUCUGUCCCCCGACAUGAUUCAGGGAGGAGGUGAUGAGUCCUUUGUCUGCGCACAGUUCAAUAAUACCCUCAGGUUCUUCACUGCCUCCUUCGACAAUGGAGCACUGACCAUGACCAACAGGACGGGAGCUGUCAGUAAUGCCCUGGCUUCACUCAAUGGAACUGUCAUCCGAUGCACCUUCACUGCACUGGGGCUGAAUGCCACAGCCAGACGAUCCCCUGACUCCUCCUUCUACGUCUUUGCUGGCACAGGGGAAUACGAUGGUGUAAGCCUUGGGGAUCCUGUAAUUAGUCUUGCGAGCAACAGCAGUCUGGACCUCACCAACAGCACCAGCAACCUGCCAGGGGGCAAUGGCGGAGCUGGGCUGCACCCCACAUCUCUGGUUUUGUUGGUCCUGCUCAGUGCCUUGAUCUCUCGUCUGGUUUGAGAAGCUGAAUGACGCACACCCCCCCCCACCCACCCACCCACCCACUUGAAUGAGUCAAUCAGCACUGUGCCAAAUGGAACCGCAAGUUCUGAUGUUAUAUAUACCUUUUCAUUUACCUAUUUUUGAGUGUGUAUGUAAAGUGUAAAGUAGGCCGAUGUGUUUGUGUGCGUGUUCGUUACAAAUGAAGCCGACCGGUGGAAGUGUGGCAAGCUGUCAUGGUUCUGUGUGCAGACCAGAAUGCUGCAUAAUAGGCUGGCAUACUGCUCUUAUUAAACAUGUAUCAUCACCCUUAUAUCAUUAUAAUAAACUAUGUAUUUUUGUAUUACUUAA